AUGUCUACCUCAAUUUUAAAAACCCAUUAUUGGCAGGGUGCCACCAUUUUAACAUCUGGACAGAUUGAAGAAAUUAGACAUUUCAAAAAUAAGGUCCCGGUGUACAUGAUAGUAAAUAAGUACCAUAUUAAUAAAGAUCGUGUUCAUGAUAUAUGGAACGAUUCUGAGCGUUCACAGCAAAAUGAAAACCACUUUUUUGAGGAGCUUAGGAAAGCACAAUCUAUCUCUUCGGAGAAUGGUUCAGAAGUUCAUGCUAAACAACCUUGCGAAGCGUCUGAUGAGUCAACUCCAAAAGAAUCAUCUGAGUCUGGAUCCAUUCGAAAUUCUAACUUACCUAAAAUUUUGGCCGGGGGUUCUUGCCAAAACUCCUUACUAGAUGUCUCAUAUGAACUAAUUACUUCGAUUAAAAAAGAUCGUAUAGAAUCAGAGGAGUCUAUGCGUGAAUCAGAAAAGCUCUUUGCUCUUAACUCACUUCGCUAA